CCACGUCAGAUGGUGAUUUUUCAUCACAAAAUAAAAAAAUAAAAAUUGGUAUUUGACCUAAAGCACGAGCUUUUAGCAAUCUGGGUUCAGAAAUCCAGUCGCUUCUUGUUCCUCGAGUUGUCAAUCGCUGGUAGGAAGGCUUUGUUUGCGAAAUGGGACUUGAAAGCCUCGAUGCCACUUUGUCCUCUGACCUCCUUUCUUUCCGCAGAGCUUUGAGCCAUUCUAUCUGCGGCAUAAACAAGCCUAAGUUCAUCACAGCUAUGCCUUUUUCAACUUCCAGAUUAAUUUCCAUUCGAUGCGGGGUUCGGUUCCGCCCUUGUAUUGAUAUACACAAGGGAAAAGUGAAACAGAUUGUUGGAUCAACUCUUCGGGACACAAAGCAAGAUGGGUCGGCUCUUGUGACAAAUUUUGAAUCCGAUAAGUCAGCUGCUGAGUUUGCAAAUCUGUACAGAGAAGAUGGACUUACAGGGGGUCAUGUAAUCAUGCUUGGAGCAGACCCUUUGAGCAAAGCUGCAGCCAUUGAAGCAUUGCAUGCCUAUCCUGGCGGAUUACAAGUUGGAGGUGGGAUCAAUUCUGACAACUGUUUGAGUUACAUAGCGGAAGGAGCCAGCCAUGUGAUUGUCACAUCAUAUGUAUUCAGCAAUGGCCAAAUGGACCUUGAGAGGCUUAAAGGUCUUGUUCGUGUCGUUGGAAAAGAGAGGCUUAUUUUGGAUCUUAGCUGCAGAAAGAAGGGAGGUAAAUAUGCAAUUGUCACUGAUAGAUGGCAGAAGUUUAGCGAUGUGUAUCUUGACGAGGAAGUACUGGAUUUUCUUGCCAACUAUGCUGACGAGUUUUUGGUCCAUGGUGUUGAUGUUGAAGGGAAAAAGUUGGGCAUUGACGAAGAGCUUGUGGCAUUGCUUGGAAAGCACUCACCGAUUCCUGUAACUUAUGCUGGAGGUGUCACUGUAAUGGCUGACUUGGAAAAGAUAAAAGUGGCGGGAAUGGGACGUGUGGAUGUUACCGUUGGCAGUGCUUUGGAUAUUUUUGGGGGUAACCUGGCAUAUAGAGAAGUGGUUGAUUGGCACGCCCAGCAAAGGAAGGCCUUGACGAUCUAGUUCUCAUUUUCUUGUAGCAUUGCCUGGUUAUUUACCAACUCCCCCUUGUCACCAGCCUGAUAAAAGAGUUACUGAUUGUAGCAUUAGUAGUUUGCUAAGAGUUCAAUAUCUUCUCGCUUAUUUGCCACAAGGUAGCAUCCAGAUUUUGUCUGGUACUUGAUUUUUCAGUUGGAAACGUUAAGAGAAAAUUGUGAGAAUUUGUCGUCUUUCCUUGUUGAUGCGUCUUGUUUUCUAAAAGAUCUUAAUGCUUUUGCAUCUGCUAAAGAAAGACUUGAAGGACUGACUAUAUUCCUUGCUA